UAAACCACUACGAAGAGGUUUUGUUGUGGUAGUGAAUAAACGCGUCCGAAGUAUCAAAAUUAAUGCAAUUAUUAAGCAUUUCUGGAGAAUCGAUUAGCUAUAGAACAUUUCCCUGUCUUUUUAUCAGGCUGUAAGCUAUACCAGCUACUAUUAUAAUUAUGGAAUGCGAAGAAAGUGCCUCAGCGAAUGUAAACUCCGCUGAUAGUUUGCCUAAUUCUGAAGCGGUACAAGUUCGAGUAUCAGAUAUAUUAACUGUUGACAACUCCCGCAUGGCUCUUAAAAGAUUAAGAAGAAAAUCGUUGUGUAAAUUAAAGAGAAAAAAUGCCUGUCAUGUCUGCAGCUCUUCACCUAUUCGUGUUUACACAAUCGAAUUUGUUGAAGAAAGAUUAGACUUAGCUGUGGACCAUCUUUGUCCAAAUUUUUAUAGAAAAAUGACAACUAUUCCAGAAGAAGGAUUCCAUUACAAAAAACCUUCCAAGCAUCACUACUGUUCCAAAGCAAAAGCUGCUAAAAAGAAAGUAGCAUCUUUAAAAGCUGUUGUAAAUAGAUUGAAAAAAAUGUGGCCUACGAAACCUGAAGUGCUUCAAGAGUGUCUUACAGAUGAUAUACUUGAACAUUUCAGAGCAAUUCAAAUUUAGCUUGUUAGAAAGGCCAAUCAUUCCUUUUGUUUAUUACUGGUUCCAAGUUAAAUAAAAUUCCAGAUUUCGAUCUUCCAGAUAUUAGGGGUGUUUGUUUGUUUUGUUGUUAAAAUGUGGUUGUAAUGAUUAUCAUUAUCAUUAUUCUUUAUUUUUUUGUGUGCAUGUGUGUUGUAUUUAUGUUAUUUCUCUUUGUAAUCAUUGUUAUUGUAAUUUCAAAUUGCAUUUACUUUUGCAAUUCUAAUAUUGUUAUUGAUAUUCCUGCUUCUUUUUAUAUGUUGUUCAUAUUGUACUAUGCAAAUUAAAAAUCCAGUUUUACAAAAUCCUGUUGUUUAUAUUAAUUCAUAGAUUUUUCUUGAACCUCAGUAAUGUUAUGCUUUAGUUGAAUGUGUAAAUUUUAGUAUCAGUUUUAACACACACAUCCAUUUAAAACUCUCAAUAUAAAUCUUAAUUUAUAUAGUACAUGCAAUAAUAGAUGGAAGUCGUAUGUAGAAAUAAUAUGAUAACUGAUGAGUUUUCAUUUAAUUGGCAUUUCAAUUUUUCAUCUCAAUUGAAUUUGCAUGUCCACAACUAUUAGUUAGUACUGGAAAGACAAUAUUUCUUUAAUCCAUCUUUCAGUUUCUUUUGCAGUAUUUUUCUUUGUCAAUAUUUAAAAAUUCUUUUCUAAUUUUUAUUUUACCUUUCGGUUUUUAAUUCUUACUUUAAUUAUUUUCUUGUUUUGACUUGGCUGGAAUUAAUGCUGACUUCAAAAUUGUAUUUCUUAGCUUUACUGGCAUUUUUGAUAUUUGAUAGGAGUAUCCCCAUUUCAUUCAUUUGAUUAUUUAUAUAUAUUGCAGCAAUUUGUGCAGCAUUAAAUUAGUGAUUAAAUAUUUUUCAAUUAAUGAUCUGUGUAUUUUUUAUUAUAUUUCAACCUUGAAUUAGUUUGGCAAGAUAAGGGCAUAAGAAAUAUUGGCCUCUUAAUUUUCCCUGAGGUGUACAAAAUUAUAAAGAAUGUCUCUCUUGCAUGUAAAUAUGCAGAAAAUCAUUAAGUCUUUCAACAGCUGCAGAAAAUUGUAUAUGUGUUGAAUUUUUCUUUUAGUGAGAGAGAGAGUGCCCUUCUGUGUCUGUAAAAAUGUUUACUUGCACAAUUAGAAGUAUUGUUGUAAUACUGGAUUAAAAGCAACAUUUCAAUUAAUUUGAUUAAUUUUAAUUGUUAAUAUAUGUGUGAAUAUAUAUAUGCAAUGAAGGCAAAGUUUUAGAAGUACUGAUAUAGGAACACUGAGGCGUAGGAAGCAUAGCAAUGUUGUUUUGCAUAGAUGCUUGAUGCUUGUCGAUUCAUAUUGAAAAGGAAAAAGUCAAUCCUGAUUAAAUUCACAUUUAGAGCAGGAUAUGUAAGAUAAAAAAUAUGUAAAUCAGCUUUAUAAUUUAAUUUGGUAAUAGCCUUUUAAUACCUCUUUUUUAAUUUGGUUAUUUCCUGUUUAGUCUAAAAAAAAUAGUGUUUCUAGACUGUGCCAUUUCUUAAUUAAUCUAUGUCGUAUGGCUUGCAUAAUGCUGAUGAUGUAGCUAAUUGGGAACUUGCACUCAGAAUUUUGAAAAAUGCAGCCUUUCUACGUAAAUAAAAACCUUCCUCUUUAGUGAACUGCCAUAUUGGAUAAUGUGUACUUUAACUUCUUUCUCUGUACUGCUUGGACGUAAUUUCGCUGUGCUCUCUUCCUAUCGCAACAGUAUCAAAAAUAAAAAGGUUCUGGAAAUAAGCAUGAUUAGAGUGCCAACAAACCAUUCAGUGGCAAAGACAAAGCCUGUGCAUCCAAGUAAACAUAUUAAGUAUCACUGGCUGUUAAUAACUUCUAAACUACUCCCUCCAUUGGAAUUUCGUGGGAGAUGUCCAUCUUUUCCUACCACCAAUCUCUUGAGAGAAUUUUGGCUUGCCAUCUAUUUUGAGUGCCUUGUGCAAUCACUGCUGCACUUGAAACACAUACAUGCCUUCUCCGGAAUUUAAACCCGAGUAAUUAGCAGUACAGUAAUUAGCAUCACCAUCCACUAUGCCAUCUGUGCAGUAUUUUAUCUUAUGAUGGUUAUAAUCAAUUAAACAACAAAUCUUUGCCAGUUCCAUUGAUAAUUCAGUAAGCCAGAUAAGUAAUUCAUUAAUAAUUAGUUUUUUGUCUCUAAUAUAAGAUGCAUUUGCUUAUUAAAUAUAAAAAUAAUACCCAUAAAGGUGCUGCUAUAUGUAGAUGAUUGUAUGUCAGCUUGAAUUUUAUUAAGCUCUUCAUUAUGUAAAACCACAAUAAAUUCCUUUUGUCUUCCAUGUGCAAAUGAUGCACAGCUCAUUUUUUCAAAUUUUAAACUCAAUUUACAGAGUCAUAUUUCUAGCUAUUUAAUUAAACUGAGUUUUCCCCCCCCCCAGUUUUACGAGUCUUUUGAUGAAAUAUAUUUUUUGAGCGAAUAUGAAAUCACCCAUAUGAUUUUUUAAAACAGUAAUCAAAGAUAUUCUGAUUUUUUUCUAUAUUAAUUUAAUUUGUUUUAUUAAUAGUGGAAUGUAAAUUAUAUCUUUCUAAAUUUCUUGUCAAGCAAUAAAAUAAUUAAUGUGGCAAUGCCAA